GGCUGGGGGGCGGAUGGCGUCGGCGGCGUCGGGGGGCGCGGGCUCGGCGGUGCUGGCGUCGGCGCGGGCCUGGGUGCCGCGGCCCUCCCCGCUCCCUCUCCCGGGCCGCGCAGGGCGGCGCCUCCUUCGGCUGCAACUCAGCGCCGCGCCCGACCAGGACCGCUUCCGCAUCGGCUUGAGGGGCGGGCCGGACUCGGGGCCCGAAGCGAGCCUGGUGGAGUACAGCCUCAGAGAGGUUUCCUACGAGAGGAAGACUCCCACGUGCCACGAGCUGAAAGUCUUGGCUCGCCCAGACGACCCCAUUGUCUUCCACUUCGAGGAUGACCAUGAGGCGCAUGAAUGGUGGGCAGUCGUCAGCAGCUCCCUUCGGGAAGUCCAGAAAGCUGCCGAGAGCCCGCACGUGAUGACUGGAAGAUCUCAUCUCCAUCACUCAGCUGCUACGAAUUCUCUGCCUGCAUCAGAGCCAGAGACGUCUCUGCCCUUGGAGCUGGCUAUGAAAGAAGACCUGGCGUUCCAGCUGUCUGUGGCUAUUGGGCUCGGGAACCAGGAAGAGGCUGUGCGCUGUGCCACAGCAUUGGCUCAGCAGCAGGCUGCUCUGCGUGUCCUGCUGAAGGAGUCUUGCUACCCCACGAGCGAGAUCAGCAUGAAGGUGGGCGUGGAAGAUGCUACGUGCUCAGCAAACAUCACCAUUCGGGUCCACACGUAUACCACCGUUGCUGCUCUCCGACAGAAGGUCUUUCAGGAGUAUGGCUUUCACCCUAGCGUCCAGCGCUGGAUUAUCGGCCAGUGUCUCUGUGUGGACGACCGGACUGUGGGCUCCUACGGGAUCUGCAAGGAUGGAGACACGGCCUUUCUCUACUUGCUUUCGGCCAAGGUUGCGAAGCUCUCAGAGCAGCGCUACAAAGAGGACAGAGAUUGGGUGCUGCUGCAGCCAGCCCCACCUUCGCUCUUGGACGGCUCUAAUGUUGGGCAGCCAUCCUCCAGCCCUCUGCCAAAGACAGCAGGUGCAUCGCAUGGAAGCAAGAAGGUGGAUCUCGAGGAGAGGCUGUCUGCGCUGCAGCUCUCCAACUUCCUUCCCAGCCACACUCGAGCCCCUCCAGAGGUUGCCCCCCCUUCCCCCACCCAGGCUGGGUGGUCGUGCCCCACCUGCACAUUCAUCAACAAGCCCACCCGCCCUGGCUGUGAAAUGUGCAGCACUGACCGGCCUGCUGCUUACGUGGUUCCUGGCAGCUACAGACCAGAUGACGUGGAGCUGCGGCGGAUGCAGCAGGAGAAAGAAGGAAUCUUGCGGUACCAGCAGGCUUUGGAGCAGGAACGGAGGCAGAACUUCCAGCAACUGUGCCAGCUGGACGAAGAGGCCCUGGUGCCCACCCAAGAGGCAACCGAGUGCCGCAUCUGCUACCUUGACGUGGAGCCAGGAGAGGGCGUGCUGCUGCGUGAAUGCCUGCACAGCUUCUGCAGGGAGUGCCUGCGGCAGCUGGUCAACUGCAGCGAGGAGCCUCAAGUGGGCUGCCCCUUCCGGGACGACAGCUACGCCUGCAGCAGCCACCUUCAGGAUCGAGAGAUCCGGGCGCUGGUGUCCCAGGGGGAGUACGAGCGCUUCCUGGAGCGGAGGCUGGCGGUGGCUGAGAGCCGUGCCCAGAACAGCUACCACUGCCAGACGGCCGACUGCCUGGGCUGGUGCAUCUACGAGGAUGACGUCAACGACUUCCGCUGCCCCAUCUGCUGGGCACUCAACUGCCUGGUCUGCAAGGCCAUUCACGAGGGCAUGAACUGCAAGGAAUACCAGGACAAGCUGCAGUACCAGGCCCAGAAUGAUGCUGCCGCCCGGGAGACCAGCGACAUGCUGAAGAUGCUGGUGCAGGUGGGGGAGGCCAUGCACUGCCCCGUGUGCCGCAUCGUGGUCCAGAAGAAGGGCGGCUGCGACUGGCUCCGUUGCUCCGUCUGCCAGACAGAGAUCUGCUGGGUGACCAAAGGACCUCGCUGGGGGCCAGGAGGUCCUGGUGACACCAGCGGAGGCUGCCGGUGCAACGUAGAUGGGCAGAGGUGCCACCCCAGUUGUCAGAACUGCCACUGAACACCUGUCUGCAAAGACCAAGGAACUGUGAGGUCCGCCUUUGCUGAAGACAGAGGCUCCGCACAACUUUUAACCCUGUAGUGGCUGACUAAUGCAUCAUCCUUGUGGAGCUGGGGGUGGGUGGAGGCUGAUCUCUUCCCCACAACUUGCUGACAGCUGUAUCUGCCUCCAAAGGAAGGUAUUGCACUCUACAACAAGGGGUAAGGGGGUAGAGGCUCUCCCAGGCGCCCUCCUGCCCUUCCCUGAACUCCUGCCAAAGACACUGACACCCACAGCCCUGCCUCUGGCUUGAGCGAGGGCCCUGCACAGCUGUGGGGAGCUGAAUGUGGUCAGGGGAAGGCUGACGAUGUAUAUUUGUGCGCCAGAAGCAUGAACAACCCGUUCAAUAAAGAUGUAGAUACUGA